AUGGACACGGAAGAUAACCGCGCUGAGGGUUGGAAGUACCUCAACAAGCAGUACUUUGGUGAUGGUGAACGCGCGAACUAUGUGAACAUACCGCAUGUGAUUGCGAUGGUCGGCUUGCCGGCGCGCGGCAAAACCUACAUCUCCAAGAAACUGUCCAGAUACCUCAACUGGAUAGGAAUCAACACCAGGGUAUUCAACCUCGGUGAAUACAGGCGGCAUGCCACCACAGCGUACACUAGUCAUGAGUUCUUCCGCGCAGACAACAAGGAAGCCAUGGCGAUACGGCAGCAGUGCGCGCUGGACGCCCUGCACGACGUCUGCGAGUGGCUCGUCAAAGGCGGCGAGGUCGCCGUGUUUGACGCGACAAACUCGACGUUGGACCGGCGGCGCAUGAUCCGCGACAUCGUGGUGCACAAGAUGGGCUUCAAGCUCUUCUUCGUGGAGUCCAUAUGUGACGACCCUAGGAUUAUCGAACAGAAUAUUAUGGAGGUAAAAGUAAGCAGUCCUGACUACACGAACAUACAGAACACAGACAAUGUACUAAAUGACUUCCUGCUCCGAAUAGAGCAUUACAAAGAGAAGUAUGAGCCUCUAGACGAGAGCUUGGAGUCUGACUACAGCUACAUGAAGAUCUAUGACACCGGGGAGAAGGUCGUAGUGCACAAACAUGAAGGGCAUAUACAGAGCCGGAUUGUGUACUAUCUCAUGAACAUACAUAUUGUGCCACGGACUAUUUAUUUGACUAGGCACGGUGAAAGCACACACAACAUAGUGGGUCGUAUCGGCGGCGACAGUGACCUCUCACCACGCGGCCGGCAGUAUGCCAAGGCCCUCGCCAACUACAUCGACCAGCAACAAAUCCCCGGCCUCAGGGUCUGGACCUCGUGGAUGAAGAGGGCCAUACAGACUGUCAAGGAUGUUAAGGCUCCACAAGAGAGGUGGAAGGCACUCAAUGAGAUUGAUGCGGGUAUAUGCGAAGAGAUGACGUACGCGGAGAUUCAGCAGAAAUACCCUUCGGACUUCAACGCUCGUGACGCGAACAAGUUUGCGUACAGAUACCCUCGCGGCGAGAGCUAUGAGGACCUGGUGGCGCGGCUGGAGCCCGUCAUCAUGGAGCUGGAGCGCCAGGGGAACGUACUUGUCGUCUCACACCAGGCCGUCAUGCGAUGUCUACUCGCCUACUUCCUCGAUAAGUCCGCUGAGGAGCUCCCGUACCUGCACGUGCCCCUGCACACAGUGAUCAAGUUGACGCCGGUGGCGUACGGCUGUCGCGAGGAACACAUCAAGCUCUCCGUGCCCGCCGUCGACACGCACCGCCCCAAACCUUCUGACGACGAAGACACGGCUGAGAUACAAGUGAUACCCGCGCCGCCUAUAAAGCCGCCCACGCCGGCCGUUCUCAACGGUGAAACGAACGGCGAACAAAGCGAGGAUAGCCAGUCGCAUUAA